AUGGUUAACAAUUCUUAGAUCAUCGCAUACAGGAUAAAUGGAAAAUUCGCCUUCAACUUACCAAACCUGUGACUUGGCCUCCAUUGGUAUGGGGAGUCGUCUGCGGAGCUGCUGCUUCUGGAAAUUUCCACUGGAAUCUUGAAGAUGUAGCUAAAUCCAUUGUUUGCAUGAUAAUGUCUGGACCAUGUCUUACAGGCUACACUCAGACACUUAAUGAUUGGUAUGACCGUGAAAUUGACGCAAUUAAUGAGCCUUAUCGUCCUAUUCCUUCGGGGGCUAUAUCCGAGAGCGAGGUUAUAACCCAGAUCUGGGUGCUGCUUCUCGGAGGCCUUGGCUUGGCGGGUUUGUUAGAUGUGUGGGUAGGGCAUAAUUUCCCUAGUGUCUUCUAUCUAGCUGUUGGCGGAUCCUUGCUUUCUUAUAUAUAUUCUGCCCCACCACUGAAGCUAAAGCAAAAUGGAUGGAUUGGAAACUUUGCUUUAGGGGCAAGCUACAUCAGUUUACCAUGGUGGGCUGGUCAAGCUCUAUUUGGAACUCUGACUCCUGACAUAAUUGUCCUUACACUGUUGUACAGCAUAGCUGGGCUUGGUAUCGCCAUUGUAAAUGAUUUUAAAAGUAUUGAAGGUGACAGAGCUCUGGGACUGCAGUCACUUCCUGUUGCUUUUGGGGCUGAAACAGCCAAAUGGAUAUGUGUGGGUGCAAUUGAUAUUACACAGUUAUCUAUUGCAGGAUAUCUUUUGGGUGCGGGAAAGCCUUAUUAUGCUUUAGCCCUACUUGGUUUGAUCCUCCCCCAAAUCUUUUUCCAAUUUAAGUACUUCUUGAAAGAUCCAGUGAAGUAUGACGUCAAAUAUCAGGCCAGCGCCCAACCUUUCCUUGUUCUUGGACUCUUGGUAACAGCAUUGGCAACUAGUCAUUGAACCCCGGCACUCCAAAAGAGUUCGCAUUUGGCUAUAUAUUACACUAGGAAUGCUGGAGCCAUUAAAAUUGACAGCCGAUAGCCAAUGUUAAAGAUGCACAUCACAUUAAGGUGGCUUUUUACCCCUUAGCAUUUUUCUUUUAUUAGAUUUCAGUUGUGUUUGUAAUUCUAUAGGAAUCUGAGAAUAAACUGCCAAUAAAGCUUUUCGCAUUAGUUUUCGCC